AUUCUUGAGACUUGAGACACGCCCCCUUCUUCAGCCACGGCAUGUUGUGAGUGCUUUUGCGAAAUACUUCUCUUUUUUUCGCUGAAAACACACAACUAGAGCAAAAUGGGCAUCUUGGAAAAGAUUUCCGAGAUUGAAAAGGAAAUCGCCAGAACGCAAAAAAAUAAAGCGACCGAAUAUCACUUGGGCUUGCUGAAAGCCAAGCUAGCAAAAUACCGGUCACAGCUUUUAGAGCCGUCGAAGAAGUCUGAGAAGGGGGAAGGAUUUGACGUUUUGAAGUCGGGAGAUGCCAGGGUCGCUUUAAUUGGAUUUCCCUCAGUGGGAAAGUCAACCCUACUUAGCACGCUGACUGCAACGGAGAGUGAAUGCGCCUCAUAUGAAUUCACAACUCUGACGUGUAUCCCUGGUGUGAUCGAAUACAAGGGUGCUAACAUCCAGUUGCUCGAUUUGCCGGGUAUCAUCGAAGGUGCGUCUCAGGGCAAAGGUAGAGGUCGGCAGGUCAUCGCGGUAGCAAGAACAGCUGACCUUGUACUGAUGAUGCUGGAUGCAACCAAACAAGAUGUGCAGAGAGAGCUCCUUGAGAAAGAGUUGGAAUCCGUCGGCAUCAGGCUCAAUAAGCAGAAGCCGAAUAUUUACUUUAAGAUCAAAAAAGGUGGCGGAAUUUCCUUCAAUGCAACUUGCAAUUUGACGAGAAUCGAUGAAAAACUGGUCCAGUUGAUCCUUCAUGAAUACAAAAUUUUCAAUGCCGAGGUACUGUUCCGAGAGGACUGCACUGCCGAUGAGCUCAUUGAUGUAAUUUCUGCAAAUCGAGUCUACCUGCCUUGUCUUUAUGUUUACAACAAAAUUGAUCAAAUUGCCAUCGAAGAGGUUGAUAGAAUCGCUCGGCAGCCUCACAGUGUUGUAGUCAGUUGCAACAUGAAACUGAAUCUGGAUUAUCUCCUGGAAGUUCUUUGGGAAUAUUUGGCUCUCAUCAGGGUUUACACAAAGAAACCAGGACAGCCCCCGGACUUUGACGACGGCCUCAUUCUCAGGAAGGGUGUCACUGUUCUACAUGUGUGCCAUGGAAUUCACAGGACCCUGGCCGAUGCUUUCAAAUAUGCUUUGGUUUGGGGUACAAGCACUAAAUACUCUCCGCAAAGAGUCGGCGCACACCAUGUGAUGGCAGAUGAAGAUGUGAUUCAGGUUAUCAAAAAAUAAACCACAUUUAACCUCCGAAAUAUUUGUAACUUAAAAA